AUGCCAAAGAUGCCUAAAACAGACCGCCUGCAGGCUCUGCUCGAGUUCACCCGUGAGCACAACGAGGUCGAGCAGAAUCGCGUCUCGCUCGAGACCUUCCUCGCUGAUUUUCAGCAAGAGCGUGAAGAACUCGAUGAGGCACAACUGAAGCAGAUUCAGGCAAGCCAACACACUUCGGUCUCGAAGUCCACUCAAACCUCCGCAGAGACAGCGUCAUGCGCGACGCAGACCGACGCGGCGACAGACUCCCUUUGGGAUCUCUUGCCUAAAGCUCGCGAAGAAGCCUACCAGCGCGGCCUCGACGCUGGAAAAGACGACGGACACAUCCAAGGAAUCAAGGAAGGCCACAGUGCUGGUAUGACAGAAGGGCUGGCUAUCGGGCUCAAGCAAGGGCAAGCGGAGGGCUUGAAGACAGGGUUGGAUCAGAGCAAGGAGGUCGACAUGCAACGCGGCAUCGAGAUAGGAAGAAAACUCGGCUAUGCUGAUGGUCUCGCUGAGCGCCUGAGACAAACAAAGGAGAAGAUGAAGAAGCUGGACGAAGAAGACACCAGCAGGCACAUACCACAGGUAGAAGCGACUCGCGAGAAGAUCAUCGUGAAGCUACCUCCAAGUCUACCCGCCAUGGUCCUCAAGGAGGAGAAGGAGGAAGAGGCUAAGCCCAAGCCCAAGCCCAAGCCUAAGCCUAAGCCCAUGCCGAUGAUCAAUGGUAUCGACCCAUUUGCGUCGCUUUUGGGUCUGGCACGCAAGAGGUAA